AUGUCACCAGAUGCUACUCUUAAAAGAGAGGAUUUAGCUUCAAAUGCUACGUUUAAAAACGAAAAACGUUUUCCAAAUGGUUCUGUAUCAGGAACGUAUCGUUACAAAGACGAGAGCGGUAAUACAGUUUUCGUUAGAUAUUAUGCUGACGAUUCAAGUUAUGGUGUAGAACUUAAAAGCGUGAGAAACGUUGAAGAUGAUUCAGAACAGUUAAACAAUUACCCGGGAAAAUUUAACAAAGGUGUUAAAGAUCGUCAUAAAACUGAAGACGAAUACGAAAUUUUCCUUGAAAAUGUUCUCAAACCAUCCGAGAAACAUAACAAAGAGAGGGUUCGAAUAUAUGUUGAUAAACAUAAAAGGAAAACAAGAAAAUAUCCUAACCGAUUUAAAAAGUCUGAGCGUUGUGUGCGAUUUUAA